AUGGAAAUCUCUACUCUCACCACGUACCAUUGUCUUGCUUUUGCCUGGUAUUUUUUUGUUGCCUGUUCAAUCAUAGAGCGUCCAUCUGAAGUGUUUCUCUACGGUGGGCAGUGGAAAUAUUUGACAGUCCUCAAUCUGGUUUUGCAGGCUGUCUUCUAUGGGGUGUCCUUCCUGGCUGAUGUGUUGAGACUAAUUAAGAAACUGCGAUGUGCUAAGUGCGUAAUUUCCAGCAGAGACCUUCUUUUCAGUGUCCUGGCUUUCCCAGUGUCCACAUUUGUGUCUAUAUCCUUUUGGACACUGUAUACCUACAAUAGAGAGCUGGUUUACCCCAAAAGCCUCGAUGGAGUCAUCCCAAUCUGGUUAAAUCACGCCAUGCACACGGCUGUAUUGCCAUUUGCUGUCCUGGAAAUCCUUGCCACGCCGCACCGUUACCCAGCAAAGAAGAAGGGAUUGGUCCUACUAGGAUUUGUCGCUUUUCUGUAUAUUAGUUGGGUCCUGUGGAUUUAUUCUGUAACGGGAGAGUGGGUAUAUCCUCUGUUUGCUUUGUUCAGCCCAGCCGGGCUAGCAGCCUUUUUUGCCGGUAGCCUUGCCAUCAUCGUCUCUUUCUACAACUUCGGGGAGUUCCUCAACCGUAUGAUAUGGGGAGAUUCAAUAGCAAUACGGGACUACAGGCGGAAGGGCAAGUGA